GCAUUGCAUCACAUGGGGAUGUAAUGGGAAUUUAUUUUUCUUUAAAAAACAGAUAUAUAUGUUUUGCGUUGCAAUAUAACGCAUUUCCCUUUCUUGGAAUUUCAAUCAAAUAUAAGUGUCUUAAUAUUAAACAAACCUUUGGCACGUUCUUAUUGUUUAGAAAGUAAAUGUGUUUAUUAUGCGUGGGUGAAAAAUGACUAACCACUGAAAGUAUUUCAGUGUGCAACUUCCCCAUAUCAGAAUGACGCGAUGGGCUUCACCCAAGGAGUUUAAGCUUCUGUGAAGUGUCGACUCAGAUCAAAGGACUUGUUUGUUUUUAUUGUUUUUCUGGCGGCCAAGAUGUCCCACCGUACGUACAUCGCGCCGUUAGUGUUCUGUGCCCAAGUGGCCAGCUCGUUUUUUGACACCGCUCUCCAGAUGGUCGUUAAACAGCGAUGCGCAGACCCCGACCCGGACAGCGAGCAGAAAGCCAUCACUAACUUCAACAUGACUUUCAACAUGAUUCUCAAAUUCAUGCCAAUUGUGCCAGCCAUCCUUUUGGCGAGGGCUGGAGACAAAGGUUACAGGAAAGUGCCGAUAGUUGUUCCGCUGGUUGGUUACUUCCUGUCCAGAGGUUUGCUCUUGUUGGACAUCGUGCUGGAAUGGCCCCUCCAGGUGUUGUACGCAGUGCCGGUGAUCCAUGGACUGUGCGGCGGCUUCGCAUCGUACUGGGCAGGUGUGAUGGCGCUGGUGUCGGUGAGCUCAGGUGAGGAAGAGCGCUCCGUGCGCAUCAUGAGAACAGAGCUGGUGUACGGAAUCGCCGGUUUCGUUGGUAGCUUGGCUUCUGGCCACUUAUUUAACCUCUACACUGUAGAUCUCAGACAAGGGUCUAUUUUAUCCAGUUUGAGUGUGCUACUCUAUUUCCUCUGCCUGCUCUAUGCCGUCUUUUUCCUGCGGAUCGAUCUUUUCUCAAUGCUCGGAGAGAGGCAGGAGCGACAGGAAAGUACUGGGAUUAUAAACCACGUAGCCCUUGAUAAAAUGAACAUUGCUUUGCUGUUCGUCAGCGGGAUUUUGUAUGAUAUAGCAGUGGCAGGAGGAAUGGAGAUGUUGGCAGCGUAUGUGCUCAAAGACCCCCUCAACUGGGGCGCAACUGAGGUGGGUUAUGGAAACGCGGCCGGUUCGCUUCUCUUCAUCACCAGUUUUUUGGGUGUCAAGAUGUUCACAAGAUGUUCACUUAGAGAUGAGAGCAUGGUCAUGAUCGGGAUGGUGUCUUUCGCAACUGGGAUUUAUUUCAUGGGAUUUGUGACCACAACUCCGAUGUACUUUUUGGCUCGCUCUAUCACUCUGUUUGCUCUGAUUCCAAUGCCCACCAUUCGCUCUCUGCUGUCCAAACAGGUCAGGGGAACCUCAUAUGGCAUUACCUUUGUCAUGCUGCAGCUGUCCUUCAAACUCGCUAGCUUGGUCACGACACCCAUCUACACUCAGAUCUAUCAGGCCACACUUGACACCUUCCCAGGGUUUGUCUUCAUACUGUCCAGCAUCUUCACCGUUCUUUCUAUGAUACCCAUUAGUAUUGUAGGAUGUCGCUCUGCAAGACAUGACGGAUAUGAGAGAAUUCAAGGGAACUGACAGCAUCAGCCUCAACAAAGGACAAAACAUUAAUAAUAAAUGAUUUGUAGGUUUACACUGAAGUUACAUACAGAAGGUAGGGGUGUGACGAGACACUUAUCCCACUAGAUGAGACGAGACACGAGACUGGGUUCACGAGAACGAGACGAGAUGAGAUUGAUGAAAUAUGAGAUCCUCAAUGAUGAAAUAUAUAGGGAAAAUAGUCUUUUGUUCAACUGAAAAAGACAAAAUGCAUUUUGAACUUUAUUUACUUUAAACUUCCAUUUUAAUUAACUAUAUGCAGUAAUAAACAACAUUUAAACAAGAGCUUCGCGAUUCUGGAUAAAUUAAGAAUCGUGGUUGUUUUUAAUAAAUUGGAGACCAUGAUUCUCUCACGAUUCAGGAGAAUAAAAGGUUAGAAAACUAAACAAAAUAAUGUAACUUACUAUUGGUUCUGGCAAACUGUUCAUUCCUUAAGUCUUUUAUAUAUAAAAAAAAAACAUUCAGUGAAGGAGUCAGUGUCUCACUUCAUUAAGUUUGUUUAAUUAUUGAAAUCUCCUGAAUGAAUGAUUCAAUGACAUACUUUUUUUAAACGGGCAGUUGUCGCCACCUCCUCGCGGAAGAGGAUAAGAGUUACUAUACAUACAAGUGUUAAGAUACUUUUGUUUUGAUGGCUACUGUAGACAAUAAGUGUUUAUACCCAAACUAUAAACUUUUAUCCCUGUACUUCUAUUAUUUAAAUGUCUGUUACACAGAAAUAAUGAUUAUAAUGUGGUUGAAAACACUGUUUGCGUUAACAUUUACCUCGACCCUCUGAUUCAUUAACAUGGGCAGCGACAAAAUGUGUUUCUCACGCUCCACUGACACUCACGAUGUGAAACAGUCCUGAUACACAUUGCUAAAUCGUUGUCAUUCAGGAAUAAGAUCUUUUGUGUUUGAAUGGAGAUCUCGAUACUUUAAGGAUUAAUCGUGCAGCUCUAAUGUAAACACUGCAAAAUGUUUUGGAAGGAUAUGGUCACGAGAUCUCGCGAGACACGUCUGAUCUCGUCACAUCCCUAAUAGAAGAUUAUUUAAUCAUUCAGCUGACUAGAAGUCAGCUUGAAUAGAUAAUGUCAUUAGAUAAUGUUAUCUACUGGAAUAGAUGAUGUUACUUCUUGUUGCACUGUGUUUACACUUUGCAUUAUUGGUAAUGCAGUUUGUGUAGCAUCUCAUUGGCCAAGUUUUUUUUACAUGCUGACAAUCUUUAGUUUGUAGGUAAUUUGGUAACAGUGUACAAUAGAUUUCCAUUUGUUAACAUUAAUUGACUAGUCAAUAAUCUUAAUGUUAUUUUCAACGUUCACUAGUACAUUAUUAAAUUCAAAAGUUGCAUCUGUUAAUAAUAUUUAAUUGACCUGAACUGACAAUGAUCAGUUUAUUUUUAAUAACCAACAUUAACAAAAACAUUAUUGUGUGUAUUGCUUAUUUUAAAUAUUGUUAACAAAUGGAACCUUCUUGUAAAUGUUUACCAAUGUUUCUGUAUGCACUGUCUAUUUUACAUGGAGGACAUCUUUUAUCAGAUUUUUAUUGUACAGAUUUUGCAAUAAAUCAAGUUAUUUGUACAUCUGUGUAUGGUGUAUCUUAAUAAACAUACUUUUUACACAAAGAAUCCAGGAAAUACAAUGGUUAUACAACUAAUCAUCAUUCUGUAAUGGCAGUCCAUAAGUCUAUGGUUUUGUAGUUCUGUUUGUGCAAAGGCACAAAAACACAUUAAAGAAAAAUACAUCGUAUUAGUAUAUUGUAAUUAUUUUUAUCGUAAUGGUCCAGUAUUAAAAUCAGCUGAGGUAAAGGGUAACAGCAUCAAACAACACUACAGUUUAUUCUUCCUUUUAUAGCCCAGAAUUGAUUUCCUAUCAAUUUAAUAAACAUUUUAUGCCAGAAGGAAGCUUUAAAAAACAUGACAUAUAAAACAUACAAAGGGAGUAAACCUUUAAUAAACUGCAAGUGAUUCUCCUCACAUGCUUUAGUUUAAUUUGUUAGUUUAUACUUUAUA